AUGGGGAAGAGGAGGCAAAACAAGUCUCUUUUCACUAAUUUAUCUAAAAAACAGAAGAAACACCUGAAAGACUUUGGAGAGGAGCAUCCUUUUCAUGACGAUGUCAACGAACGACCAGAAAGAACUCAGAUUGUAGAAGUGGCACCUGAUAGUCCGGAUCAACCCAACGCACAGGGGGACGAAUAUGAAGAUGAUUCUGAAGAAGAAGAAGAGCCAGAACAGAAGACUGCAUAUCAGAAGCUGCUUUCAACUCUGAAUCCACGUCAGGGAUUAAGCGAGGAAGAAGAGAGCAGUGAAGAAAGUGAUGAAGAUGAGGGAGAAGAGGAGGACGGGCUCAGCGAAGCAGACGAUGACGAAGAAGGUGAAAAUGAAAACGACGACGGCAGCGAAGAAGAGGAAAAGGACGCAGGGGGGAACGACACCGGGGCUUUGUCCGAAGUGAAAGACGGCGUCGAGGAGAAGCAACCGGCCGACGGAGAGUUUAUCGACAAUGAAAAUGAGUCUCGCUUCUGCCUGGAAAACAACUUCGAUCAAGAAGAAGAGAAGAGGGACGACGGGGAGGAGGAGGUGGGAAAAAGCCAGCACAAAAAUGACAAAGAUGCCUUUGUACAGCAUUUAGACACGGAGCUCAGCGAGGAAGAUAUAGAUCGAAUCACAACAGGCAGCAAAGCCAAGACUCAAGUUAAGUGGCCAAAACUGGGAUCUCUCCUCUGCACCGAUCCACUCCAAAGGCUCUGUGCUCUCGGCGUGCACAAGGACACGCAACUCCCAGUUUACCAUAAGCUUUUGGAAACGGCAUGGAGGGACUUGAACCAGACCCCUGACUCUCCCACACCGGUCAGUCCUCUCCAAAUGGAACUUCUCUCCAUCAUGGGCUCGUACCGGGACUUCUUCUAUCCCGAAAUGUGUCCGAUCAAAGAAGGGGCGCAGGUCCGGAGCGCUUACUGUGUCCACGCGCUCAACCAUGUCCUGAAAGCAAACUCCCAAGUCCUGGCUCACAACGCCCAGCUACGAGAGCAGAAAGGUCCAACGAAAGCGGGUUCUGAGCCACAGGACGAACCACGGGACCAAGGGCUCACCAGACCCAAGGUUUUGGUUCUUGUGCCAUUUCGAGGCACUGCUUUGCAUGUUGUUCAAACUCUCAUUCAUUUGUUGGAAACCAAAAACAAAAAGAUAGUAGUGAAUAAUAAGAAGAGGUUCAAGGAGGAAUUUGGUGAAGACCCAGAAGACAAACCGUCUAAUUUAAGAAGGCCGGACGACUACCACGCUGUCUUCUCUGGCAACGUGGAUGACCAUUUUAGGAUUGGUGUUUCUAUCAUCAGGAGCAGUGUGCGUCUCUAUUCUCCCUUCUACUCGUCCGACAUCAUCAUUGCGUCUCCUCUGGGCCUUCGCACGGUGCUGGGAGCAGAAGGAGAGAGCAAAAGGGACUUUGACUUUCUUUCCUCGAUAGAACUUUUAGUGGUGGACCAGGCCGACGUGUUUUUGAUGCAGAACUGGGAACAUGUUUUGCAUGUGAUGAGACAUAUGAACCUGCAGCCACUGGACUCUCAUGGGGUGGACUUCUCCCGAGUGCGGAUGUGGAGCCUCAAUAACUGGGCCAAACACUACAGACAGACUCUGGUGUUCAGCUCCAUACAGGACCCACAGAUAAACAACAUCCUCACCAAGCACUGCUCUAACUACAGGGGCCAGGUUGUUACUAGAAAUUUUCCAAAAACCGGCUCCAUCUGCCAAGUGCUGCUCCAGUUGCCUCAUGUUUUUCAAAUGUUCCAUUCAGACAGCUUCAUGGACCAAGAUGCUCGGUUCAAGUUCUUUGUGGACAGAGUACUGUCUCAGUACAAGGACUCUGUCAUGUCCCAUACCCUGAUCUACAUUCCUUCUUACUUUGAUUACGUCCGUUUACGAAACUACAUGAAAAAAGAGGAGCUGAGCUUCGGCUGCCUCUGCGAGUACUCCACGAAGUCAGAGGUGUCCAGAGCCAGACACUUCUUUCAGAAAGGGGACAAACACUUUUUGCUAUUUACUGAACGCUUCCACUUUUACAAAAGGUAUACAAUCAAAGGGAUUCAGAACUUGGUCUUCUAUGGACUUCCAUCUUAUCCACAUUUCUACAAUGAGAUGUGUAACAUGCUGGCUGAGGGGGGUCCAGGGGACCAGGCCAGUCUGACAUGCACUGCCCUUUACUCUCGUUACGACGCACAUAAACUGGCUUCUAUCACUGGAGCUCAGAGAGCGGCACAGAUGCUGCAUUCAAGCAAAUCAGCUCAUCUCUUUGUUACAGGAGCAGAGGACAAAGCCUCCUGA